CGCCUCGGCAACCUUCCCGGGUUCAAAAAUAUUUUAUAGAGCGCCGGAUGCGACCGACGACGGACAACCACUGCGGUAGAAACACUCGUUAGCUGGCCACUGCCAACUUCGAUCCCGAUGGCUAUCACAAAGCUCGCCGGACCUGUUGGUCAUGACAGCGAUGAUGACUAUGACGAGGCCUUGCACCAUCCGCAGUCCCAGCAACCAGCAGACAUCAUUGCGUCACAGCCAAUUCCGCUCCCCGUGAACCAGUCGACCAUCUUCAAUGUCUCGACUGCCGCCGUUGAUAUCGAAGCCUGGACUGUCGCUGCCCUGGAAUCCUUGCGGAUCGCCAACAAUGCGCGCGGUGCUGGCAAUCCAUUGUUGAUCCCCUUGGACGGCGCUGCUCAGGGGGAAGCGGCAGCGGCAGCAGGCCCGACCGAUCCCGCCUUGAAGCUGCGCAAUGUGGUCUUCGACGAUGGCGAUGAUACGUAUGCCGCAAAUGUCGCGCCGCCGCGCCGGCCUCCUUCGCGCCGGGACAGCAUGAAGAGGCGCGAGGCUUUGCUGAAGGGCAAGGAAGGUAGCAGGCAGCGACGGCGUUGGGAGAAUGACCGUCUUGUUGGAGUUCCCAACGUACAGCCGCCGCUGCCUUCAGACUGGCAGGUCGGGCCGACGUAUCCCAUCCACGAUAACAUGCCGUACCACCUCGCGCAGUACUGGGACAAGGGGCUUCGUGAGCGCGUCGAGGAGCGCAAGGCCGCUUUCGCCGUGCAUCGCAAGAAGACCGUUACUGCCACCAGCCACCAGUUGGGUGGGGCCGCCACUGCUGUUUCCUUGGUGGUCUCGUCGUCUGUCGCCAAGACGCGCGCAGACGUAGGAAAGGUCCCGAAAGAUUUGCGUGCUACAGCCAAGAAGACGCCUGCCGUCAAGGCCUGGCUGCGUGUGUUGGAAGAGCCGGUGAGGGAGUUUCUUGUUCAGCAGCAACGCGGACAGAAUGCGGCGGCCAAGAGGGAGCAGCAGCAGCAAAAGGAACAAAAGGCUCGGGAAAGUGGAAACCAGAGUGAUGAGCUCGGCUCGGAUGAGGAAGAGAUUCUCUUCACGGGCCGAAAGACGGCUGCCGCUGCCGCUGCUGAGGGCAAACCGCCAAUCAAGAAUGCAUCAUCGGAGAAGGGCACAGAUAAGAGUAUCCAACUGCUGCCCGAUACGAGGAUGGUGCUUGAUACUCUUGGAGACGACGAGAGCGGAGCUUCCUUCAAGCGUUGGCUCACGCAUUCCAUCUCAGACUACUACGGACUGGACUCCAAGUCGGUCACCGUUGGCAAUCCAGCGAGGAGGGUGGUGUAUAUCGGCCUGAAGCAGGUUGGCAACGGUCCUAAGAGGCGGGCUGCACCUGUAAGGCAGAUGCUGAUACCGCCGCCUCUGUGGGAGAUGUUCUGAUUGAAUUCGGAAAUAUGGUAACGGCAGUGUGCCGGAUUUUGGACAUGGAACCGGCGGAUAAAGCGGGAUUAAAAGGUGAGAAGGAAAUUUUGGAUUUAGACUGAUCACCACAUCUAGACUCAGACAUGCAAACGCCGUUCAAGCGGAAGUUCACCUUUG